AUGAUACGAACGCUGUGCUUUUUCUGGUCUCUGGUAACUUGGCUGGGCUUUGGAGAGUCCCAGACUCUGACUCAGUCUCCGACCGUGUCGGUAAGUCCAGGAGCCACGGCCACGCUGGAAUGUAACAUCGGAACAGAGGAUAGCUAUCAUGUAUAUUGGUACAAGCAGACACCGGGAACAGCCCCAAAAUUGUUGCUCCGGUAUUAUCACACACGUACUGAGCCGGUCUAUGCGCCUGGGAUUAGAAGCGACCGUUUCACGUCGACAGCCAAAAGCGCCGGCACCGUUUACCAGUUAAACAUUAAAAAUGUGGAGCUGAAUGACGCGGCUAUUUAUUACUGCGCAAAGUGGAUUUCGUCGGGCAGUAUUUAUUGGUUCGGCACAGGGACCAAGCUCUUCGUUACAGAUCAACAGCUCCCGGACCCUUCAGUAAAAUUGUUUGGGCCGUCAGCCGAGGAGAUCUCCGCUAAAGGAACUGGCACCUUAGUUUGCCUGGUCAGUAAGCUGUCGGUGGGCUUCCCUGUCAUCAGCUGGACAGUGGACGGGAGUCCGACGAGCCGCGAGGCGCAAACAAGCGCAGUGAAGCGGAACACGGACAGCACUUUUAGUCUCAGCAGCUACCUGACGGUGCCCGGCACAGACUGGAGUAGCGGCAAGGUAUACUCCUGCGUGGUUAAACUAGGAGCAGCCUCGACAACAUCCGCAACAGUCACACAGUCCAGUUGUUAA